AUGAAUGAUACCUAUAUGCAGACUCGCAACAAUAUUCUAAUGAUGAAGCCACUUCCAUCUGUUGGAAAUGUGUACAGUAUUAUAUUAUCUGAUGAAAAACAAAGACAAGUGUCUUCUACCUCUCAAUUCUCAUCUCAAUCUGCUUCAUUUCAUGCUAGGAUUUCUAAGCCCUCAUUUCCCUCCAAGGUUUCUUUUGAGGGCACCAGGAAUUCUCUUAUCUACAAAUACUGCAAAAAGCCUGGUCACUCAAUAGAUAAAUGCUAUAAGUUGCAUGGGUAUCCUUCUAAUUUCAAGUUUAGCAAAGGACCUCCUCCUCGCAGAUCUGCUGCACAUGUUGAACUUGACUCUUCUGGUGUUUUUUCUGCGCCUGGUAGUUCUGUUGGUCCAGCUAAGCAUGAGGAGUCUUCUGUGAUACCUAGCCUCACUAGGGAUCAAUACUCCCAGCUGAUGACCUUAUUACAACAAUCCCAAAUUUAUGCUUCCCCACACUUUCCACCUCUCUUUGCUUCUGCUAACUUUGCUAGUAAGCUCAUGCCUUAUGAGGGUGUCUCUUAUGGAACUUGUAUGUUAUCUAGUGUGAAUGACAUUGUUUGGAUAAUAGACUCCGGAGCUACUGAUCAUAUGACUUCCAUUAAAAGUUUACUUUUUGAUAUAAUCACUCUUCCCAUUCCUUAUAUUAUGUCUCUCCCAAAUGAGUAUAAAGUAAAAGUCACCAAUGUUGGCUCUUUAGCUUUAUUCCCUAAUUUAAUCCUUCAUAAUAUUCUUUACAUUCCCAGUUUCAAUCAUAAUCUCAUAUCUGUUCAAAAACUUUUAAAUCAUUGUGAUGAUGUUGUUCAGUUUACCAAGUCUGCUUGCACAUUCCAGGGUCCUUCAAUGAAGAAGCCAGUGGUGCUUGGUAGACUGGACACUGGACUUUACAAGCUAUUUCAGCAUGUGACUUCACCUAUUGACCCUGUUCAUGUCAACUAUUGUUCUUCAGUUGUUUCUUCUUUGCCUGUUUCUUCUUUACCUGUAGUCUCUACUACUGAUGUCAAUGACGAUUCAUCUGUAAAUACCAUGGUUGCUUCAAAUAAAGUGAAUAAUUCUGAUGUUGUUUGGCAUUAUAGACUUGGACAUAUAACAUUUUCCAAAAUGAAGUUUAUUUCUGGUAUUAUUAGUGAUUUGUCUUCUAAACAGUCCUUCAUAUGCCCUAUUUGCCCCUUAGCAAGACAAACUAGGCUUCCUUUUCAUGAUAGUUCUAUUCAGUCCACUCAUUUCUUUCAGCUUGUUCACAUAGAUACUUGGGGUCCUUACUCCACUCCUACUCACUCUGGUGCUAAGUAUUUCCUUACUAUAGUAGAUGACUACACUAGGGCUACCUGGACACACUUAAUGGGGCAAAAAGCAAUAGAUGUAAUUUUCCAUGAACACAUUUUUCCAUUUCUUAAACCUUCUCCUUCACCAUCCCUUGUCUUGCCUUCUCCUCUCUCUCCUGGUCACUUUUCUGAUGAUUCAACAUCUUCUAUACCUACUUCUAUUCCUGGUCAUUCUUCCCCGCCUAUUCUUCCUGCCCAUAUUUCUCCUGAUUCAACUUCCUCUCUAUCUCCUUCUAUUCCUAUGCCUUCCCCUUCUAUUUUCACUCCAGAUCUUUCUUCUGAUGUUUCAACUUCUCCUUUAUCCUCUCCUGCUCAUAUUUCUUCUACUCCAUCAUCUGAUCAUCCUCCUCUUAGAAGAUCUAGUAGGCUCAUAAUGUCCCUGCCUAUCUUUGGGACUUUCUCUGAGUCUGUAUCAUUCAAUGCAACCACUUCACAGCUCCAUAUUCCUGAGCCUUACACUUACUCACAGGUUGUUGCUGUCCCUGAGUGGCAGGAGGCUAUGAGAAAGGAGUUUGAGGCUUUGGAGGCUAAUAGAACUUGGGAUAUUGUUGAGUUACCCCUGGUAAAAAGCUUAUAG